AAAAGUGUGGAGCCAGCAGAGAUAAGCAGCACCAGCACCAGCACCAGCACCAAGAGACUCCCUAGUGUCGCAGUGCUACAGGAUACAUGUCUGCAUCCCUCCCAGCGAAUGUGCGCGUCUCAAAACAUCCAGUCAUCCAUGCAAAACUGAGCCAAUUGCGCUCUCGCACGCUCGAUACGCGUCUCGCGCGCUUACUCGCCGAUGAGAUUGCCUCCCUACUCGCAUAUGAAGCAACGGCAACGUCAUUAACGACACAGAUUGCAGGACAGGGUGAAACGCCCAUUGGCGCUGCGUAUGAUGUGCUCGCCUUGACACCCGGCAGGUUGUGUCUGGUGCCUAUCCUACGAUCUGGCUUGGCGAUGACGGAUCCCUUUUUACGGGUCCUGCCGACGUUGACAGAAGUGCAUCAUCUCGGCUUAUUCAGGGAGGAACAUACACAGAAUGCGAUUGAGUAUUAUAAUAAAGUACCAAAGCAAGAUGCCGUCAAGGGCCCGAUUGAACAGGCGUUUUUGGUGGAUCCGAUUGUCGCUACGGGGAAUACGGCGUGUGCUGCGAUUCAGAUCUUGAAGGAGUGGGGGAUCAAGAAGAUUGUACUGACGUGCAUGCUUGCCUCUGAGGCUGGAUUGAGGAGGGCCGCAGCAGAGUGGCCUGAGGGAGUCGAGAUUGUGGUGGGUGCGGUGGAUGCAGGCUUGACGGAUAAGCUGUACAUUACGCCUGGCCUGGGUGACAUUGGCGAUCGUCUCUUCCAGACCAAGUAGUCAGUUGCUGUCUGCUCUAGUCUAGUCUACUCUACUCUUCUACUCUACUAAUCUACUCAGUCUACUCUAGUAGUUAGUAGUCAGUCGUCUGUCUGUUCCUGCUUCCCAUCUGAGGCUGCCGCCGACUCAACGCGACUCACAAGACGACACAAAGGCGACAC